AUGUCUUGCGAAGGCAAUGAUCGUGUGGCACGGCUGGCACCACCACAACUCAAUUUCACUCUCAUAACAGAGAAUGACUUUAAUAAUAAACCAUAUGACUGGUUAAGUAACGAGAUUCAGUUACAACUACCGACAGAUAUUCUGCUAAUAACAGAAAAUGAUCACGAAUCGAAUGCUUGUUAUUCGUAUAUGAAAAAUGUUCGACGAGGUUAUUGUGAAGAGCUACAUAGAUGUGUAGAUUUUGGACAAUUUGGCGUGAAGGAUGAUCAGAAAGUUGCAUUAAUGAAAUGUGAACUGGGAUCGAAUGGAGUUUUGUUAGGUGUGAAAGAUGCUGCUGAAAUUUUAGAGCCAAAAGUAAUCCUUUUUGUCGGGAUCUGUGCAAGCAUGAAAACGGAGAAGAAUGUAAAACUUGGCGACGUUAUCGUUUCCGCAAAGUUAGGGACUAAAGAUAGAAAAGUUAUGGCAGAUGGCACAGUGGACUAUCUCGGUGCAAACGUGAGUGAAACCAUGGCUCGUCUUAUUCUAAGUGCAGCUGAUGGUUGGGAACCACCGUUAAAAGACCCAAGUAGUUUAAACGUCGAAGUUCAUCCUGACGCUGUAAUGUUAACAAAUUUAAUCGACAAUCGUGAAAGACGAAAAGAUUUGGUGUAUUAUUGCCAAGAUGCACUUGGUCUUGAAAUGGAGGAUGCAGGUAGUGAAUAA